CUUCCCUCCAAAUGUCCUACUGUAAUUCUCUGUCGCGAUCCGCAUUGUUGAACUCUAUCCUCCACUUCUAAAGCCUGAUCCUUUCCAUGCCCUUGCUCCUCUCCAAGUCCAUCCUCUUCUUGCAUCCUAAAUCUCUAUUUCUCAUUUCUCAUUAUACCAUGGCCAAUGCCACCAAAGCUCGCUUAAGAGGCGUCGUCUUCGACAUGGACGGAACCCUAACCGUCCCCGUCAUCGAUUUCGCCGCAAUGUACAGGGCCGUUCUCGGUGAUGACGAGUAUAGCAGAAUUAAAGCAGAAAAUCCUUCUGGGAUUGAUAUCUUGCAUCACAUUGAGAAUUGGAGUCCCGAUAAGCAGCGCAGAGCUUAUGAGACUAUCCUUGAUUUUGAGCGCCAGGGCCUCGAUCGCCUCCAAAUUAUGCCCGGCGCAGUAGAGCUGUGUGCUUUCCUUGAUUCAAAGAAAAUAAGAAGAGGAUUAAUUACUCGAAAUGUCAAGGAGGCAGUUGAUCUUUUUCAUUUACGGUCUGGGAUGAUGUUUUCUCCAGCAUUAAGCAGGGAGUUCCGUCCUUGUAAACCAGACCCAGCUCCUCUCCUGCAUAUCUGUUCAACUUGGGAAUUUCAGCCUAAUGAAGUCAUGAUGGUUGGUGAUAGCCUUAAAGAUGAUGUUGCUUGUGGGAAACGAGCUGGAGCAUUCACAUGCUUACUUGAUGAAAAAGAGAGAUACAGUUCUGCUGAUUUCACCAGCUUGGAUGUAGAACCAGAUUUCAAGGUGUCUUCCCUGUCUGAAGUUCAUUCUCUAUUGGAAGCAAAUUUUGAUUUGAUGCCAUGAUCUUCAGUUCCUGAUAGAGACUCUAGCAUUUGAAUGGAAACUCCGCUUCACCAAGGGAUAGAAGGAUCCCUAAUGAAGGAAAGUGGUGGGGGAGUGAAACCAACAAAGCAGAAGAAGAGAAUCAAGUGGGUUUAUGCAUCAUCGCUCGAAACAUAGUUCUCUGUGUUUUGCUGUAGUGGUACUACGAGAUGGCCUGUGGAAUGGUAGGUUGCAACCAUAAAGCGGUUUCCUGGUUAUUAGAAACAUUCUCGAGUACUGAUUUACUCAUGUUUGCAAUGUAUACUGUAUAGUAUAUUUAUCUCUCCUAAUGUUAUUCUCCUAAGAAGAUUGUAUACGUGGAUUCCUGUGUAAAAGAACUUUUUUAGCA